AUGGAGGGCGCCGUUGAUCCCGCAAGGGACCAAGCCGUCGAAGAUUACAAGAAGACGCUCUUGGAUCUUCGAGAGUGGGAGGCCAAGCUCAAGACGCUGCGUAUGGGCAUCAAGGAUGCUCAGAAAGAGUUUGAUAUAACCGAGGAGAACAUCAAGGCUCUGCAAAGUGUCGGGCAGAUCAUCGGUGAAGUGCUCAAACAGCUGGAUGAGGAGCGAUUCAUCGUCAAAGCCUCGUCAGGUCCUCGAUAUGUCGUCGGCUGCCGGUCCAAAGUCGACAAGUCAAAGCUGAAACAAGGCACCCGUGUCGCUCUCGAUAUGACCACGCUUACUAUAAUGCGGAUGCUGCCUCGCGAAGUUGAUCCUUUGGUCUACAACAUGUCCUUGGAAGACCCCGGUCAAGUCAGUUUUGGAGGUAUCGGUGGUCUGAACGAUCAGAUUCGGGAGUUACGGGAGGUUAUCGAGCUGCCUUUAAAGAACCCAGAGCUUUUCAUGCGAGUGGGAAUCAAGCCGCCAAAGGGAGUUUUACUAUACGGUCCUCCUGGUACCGGAAAGACACUGCUUGCAAGAGCUGUUGCAAGCUCUCUGGAGACCAACUUUUUGAAGGUUGUCUCGUCUGCCAUCGUUGACAAAUACAUUGGUGAAUCCGCCAGGUUAAUUCGGGAGAUGUUUGGAUACGCAAAAGAACACGAACCUUGUAUUAUUUUUAUGGACGAGAUUGAUGCCAUCGGUGGUCGACGUUUCUCUGAAGGAACGUCAGCCGAUCGUGAAAUCCAACGAACGUUGAUGGAGUUGCUGAACCAGCUUGACGGAUUCGACUAUCUCGGCAAAACAAAGAUCAUCAUGGCGACCAACCGACCGGAUACCCUCGACCCGGCUCUUCUCCGUGCUGGCCGAUUGGACCGAAAGAUCGAGAUUCCUCUGCCCAAUGAGGUUGGCCGCCUGGAGAUUCUCAAAAUCCACGCCAGCACCGUGGUCACAGACGGUGAAAUUGAUUUUGAGAGCAUUGUCAAGAUGAGCGAUGGGCUCAACGGAGCUGAUCUGCGUAAUGUUGUGACUGAAGCUGGCUUUUGCACCAUCAAAGACGAACGCGACGCCAUCAGCCAAGACGACUUCAGCAAGGCAGUCCGCAAGGUCGCUGAAUCAAAGAAACUCGAAGGCAAGCUGGAAUACCAAAAACUGUAG